GAUUAUUCCAAGAUGGCGGCUGAAUACUGCGCUUGAAAAUAUAGCAAUCUUAGUAGAAUCGGUUUUACGGACAAUUUCGGUAGUUUCAACCAGUACAGAUUAGAAUAUUUGCCUAUAUAUCAUCCCCGAUAUCUCGAAAUGGCAAUAAUAUCUGAUUUUCUUAUUUUCGGGACUCUUUUGGUGAAUGCAUGUGCUGUUCUAAACUUUAAAUUGAAAAGAAAAGAUCCUACAGAAAAUUUUGGGGAGGAAGAACCUAGCUUGGUGGACAAAAGUCGAGAAUUUCUCCUGAACCUACGAUUCUUCAGAACCUUUAUUGGUAUCUGGAAUGUUGCAAUAAUGAUAUGCAUGAUCAUUUUCUUUGGUUCUUGACUGUAUAUUAUGUGUAUCAAAGAAUGUGUAUGAACAAUCCAUAUGUUGCGGAAAAAGUUUAAUUUAUUGUUGUAUAGUAAUAUAGAUACUGGAGUUAAUACUAGACAUAAUAGCCCUUUUCAGCUUGCAUGCAAAUUAACCAUUUCAGAUGUUGUGAUCAUGGAAUUGCCAAUAAAACUUAACCAUUUCUGACCAUGAUACUUGAAAUGGGUUAAUUUGCAUACAAGCUGAAAAGGUCUAUUAUGUAAACUAAUAUUGAUCAGCAAUAACCGUGAACAUCUUGCAAAUAUGUCGCAGUUCAUAUAAUUGGCAAACAUUCACAGUCCAAUUAUUUUAUUAUUGUAUUUACAGUUCUGGGUCACUCAGUCUAUACAAGAUCAUGAAUAUAAAUUUAGGUUAACCUGGUCAAAUAAUUAGAUAAAAUUGUCUCCAAAAUAAAUAAGAGUUUUAAUUAUUAUUGAAAGAAGAAUAAAGAGAGAAUGGGGUAUGAUGGAUACACAUUCAGCCUGGCUGUUCUGUUUUGUAUACAAUAGUGCUAGCACACAGUCUGUUUUUAGGAAAGUGUAAAUAAAAUUUUGCCAAGAUAUUUAAAUUCUU